GCACAGUGACAGGACUCUUCACACAGCAGGGGCACCUGGAGCUGGAAGGGAGGGAGCAUUGUCAUCCCCCUGGUGAAAGGAGGGGUCAUCUGCCAUGGCAGGUGUGGUGUACCCCAGACAGGCCCCUGUGGACUUAGAGAUAUACCAGAGCUCUUACAUGAUUGACUAUCAACCCUACGGGAAGCACAAAUACUCCAGGGUCACACCACAAGAGCAAGUGAAGCUGGAUGCCCAACUCCGGGACAAAGAGUUUUACAGGCCUGUCCCCAGCUCCCAUCCCAAGCUAGAGGAUGGAUACCCCGCCUUCAAAAAACCUCCCAUGACUGCCCGGGACCUGGGGCUCCCAGGUUUCUUCCCACCGCAAGACCAGGGCCGAGAGACCACAGCAGACGGCGAACGCAGGUUCAGCAGCGUCUGCCACUCCGUGUACCCGGUCUCUCACGCUCUGCACCUGGCCCAGGGCGAUCCCAACCGCGUCCGCCAGAGCGCCCACUUUCCGUGCCUCCUGGAGCCCGAGCGCCAGCCUGCUGCCGAGGAGGGCAAAGGCUACUUACUACUGCCUGGCUGCCUCUGUCCUUAUCACCACGAAGUCAAGUUCCCCAUCUUGAACCGAUGGGGGCCCUUGAUGCCAUUUUACCAGUAGGCAGCGUGAGAGCUCCUGCCGGGGCCCUGUGGAAACCCUCCCUUCCACCAGGAAAUCCCCGCCCUGCCCUUGGGGAAUGGACAGGAGAAGUGAAAAUAAAGCGCUGGAAGGUGUUCCAGGAGCCCUGGGACUA